UGCAGAAGAAAAUUGAAUUAAGUCCUACGUCUUGACCUUACACUGGUUUCCUUAUUCGGUUUGUUGUUGAAAUUCGUUCUUGUUUUCUUUCUAUCGAGACAGCUGACUGAGCUUCAUUUUCUUGUCUGUCUUAACUUCUAGAUGUUUCGGAUCAAGGACCCCGAAGUUAGUCUUGACUUUUACUCGCGCAUACUGGGAAUGUCAUUACUGAAGAGGCUGGACUUCCCCGAGAUGAAGUUUAGCUUGUACUUCAUGGGGUAUGAGGAUACUUCAUAUGCUCCAACUGAUCCAGUUGAGAAAACAGUCUGGACAUUCGGUAGACCCGCUACUAUUGAACUUACGCACAAUUGGGGUACCGAGAGUGAUCCAGAGUUUAAAGGGUAUCACAAUGGGAACAGCGAGCCUCGUGGUUUUGGUAAUAACUCUUUUCUUUACAUA